UAGCCCAUCUCUGAACAUUCCGAGAAGUAAUCCCAACCAGGUUCAGUCCACCUCAGUAUCAGCUAGCAAGUACACGACUAAAAUAUAAAUCUGAAAAAUUAUACGUUUAAAUAUUCAGUCUUUCGCCGCUUUUUGCCCCUCUCAGACUGAUAUUGAAGCACAGUUUUUUAUCUACCAAUUUUUCGUUGUGAAAAAGAAACCCACAUUUUUCCACAAUCGGUUUGCCAGCAGUUGACCCUUGACAACUUGCCAAGAUGCGUGAAAUUGUACACAUCCAGGCCGGUCAGUGCGGUAACCAGAUCGGUGGUAAAUUCUGGGAGGUGAUCUCGGAUGAGCACUGCAUAGACGCGACCGGAACGUACUAUGGCGACAGCGAUCUUCAGCUGGAGCGCAUCAAUGUGUACUACAACGAGGCCACCGGUGCCAAGUAUGUUCCUCGUGCCAUCCUUGUGGACCUAGAGCCCGGCACCAUGGAUUCCGUUCGCUCUGGCGCCUUUGGUCAGAUCUUCCGGCCGGACAACUUUGUCUUUGGCCAGUCGGGGGCAGGCAACAACUGGGCCAAGGGUCAUUACACCGAGGGUGCUGAACUGGUGGACUCUGUCUUGGAUGUGGUGCGAAAGGAGUCUGAGGGCUGCGAUUGCCUUCAGGGCUUCCAGCUGACCCACUCGCUGGGUGGCGGCACUGGCUCGGGUAUGGGAACCCUGCUGAUCUCGAAGAUCCGCGAGGAGUACCCCGACCGCAUCAUGAACACCUUUUCGGUGGUGCCCUCGCCCAAGGUGUCCGAUACGGUGGUGGAGCCCUACAAUGCCACCCUAAGUGUGCACCAGUUGGUGGAGAACACGGAUGAGACGUACUGCAUCGACAACGAGGCGUUGUACGACAUCUGCUUCCGCACACUGAAGCUGACGACGCCCACCUAUGGUGACCUUAACCAUCUGGUUUCGGCUACAAUGUCUGGCGUUACGACCUGCCUGCGGUUCCCUGGCCAGUUAAACGCCGAUCUUCGCAAGCUGGCCGUGAACAUGGUACCGUUCCCUCGGCUGCACUUCUUCAUGCCCGGUUUCGCUCCGCUGACCUCGCGAGGAUCGCAACAGUACCGGGCUCUAACCGUGCCAGAGUUGACCCAGCAGAUGUUCGAUGCCAAGAACAUGAUGGCCGCCUGCGAUCCGCGACAUGGUCGCUACCUGACCGUCGCCGCCAUCUUCCGUGGCCGCAUGUCCAUGAAGGAGGUGGACGAGCAGAUGCUGAACAUCCAGAACAAGAACAGCAGCUUCUUCGUUGAGUGGAUCCCGAAUAAUUGCAAGACGGCGGUGUGCGAUAUUCCACCCAGGGGCCUCAAGAUGUCGGCCACCUUCAUUGGCAAUUCCACUGCCAUUCAGGAGCUGUUCAAGCGGGUGUCGGAGCAGUUCACCGCCAUGUUCAGGAGGAAGGCCUUCCUGCAUUGGUACACCGGCGAGGGAAUGGACGAAAUGGAGUUCACAGAGGCCGAGAGCAACAUGAACGAUUUGGUAUCGGAGUAUCAGCAAUACCAGGAGGCGACAGCCGACGAGGAGGGCGAAUUCGAUGAGGACGAAGAGGGUGGCGGCGACGAAUAAGGAGUAUCUAUCCUCCCAAGAUCACACUAAACACCAACACACUAAUGGA